UUUAGCAGACCUUCAUUUUAACGAGGAAAUGCUUUUAAAAAUAUUUUCUCUCUUUCUGGGGCUUAUAACUUUGGGAAUAAGCAAACCAUUGGCUGCAAACCAUACAGCGUUUGAGAUAGUUUAUCAAUGGAAAUACUUGAAUUAUGAAUAUGACAGUGUAAGCAGAGAGGAGGAGGACGAAAAACAUGGACGUGAUGAUAAAUACAGAAACUACAUGACUGGUUUUGAUUUAGCCAAAGAUGGACGAAUGUUUGUUACUCUCAUGAAGCGUAAAGGAGUUCCUGCUACUUUGAAUACAGUAUCGGACAAAAAUGGACCAGGUGGACCUUUAUUGAAACCUUAUCCUGACUGGCAGUGGCAUUCACGAAACGAUUGUGUUGGCAUACAUUCUGCGUACACAGUGCAAAUAGAUCAGUGUAACAGAUUAUGGAUAUUGGAUACUGGAGUUGAAGGUAAUGUUGGAAGAGAAUGUCCCGCUCAAUUACUGAUGUUUGACUUAUCAUCUGACAAACUGCAAUUGAGAAUAGCCAUUCCCAAUGAAUUCUUCAAAGAUCGAAAUGGCAUAGGAAGAUUAACUAAAUUCAUUGUUCAAUCAGACGGAUAUUCGUGUCAAAACACAAUUGUGAUUAUGAGCUACUAUACCGGAUCUGGCUUGGUUGUUUGGAACGGAAAGAAUUUGUGGCGUCUAAAUGGCGUUGACCCAGAAAAAUUAGCAGGCAUAAUAGAAAUUAAUGGCUUACGAGUAACUAUACAACCUGAUACAUUUGGCAUGUCAUUGUCACCUAAAAUUGACAAAAAACCGCAGACAUUGUUCCUGAGAUCUGAAGCAAAUGAGAAUCUGUUCGCUGUAAAACUUGAUGUUAUCCUCGCUACAUCAUCUAACGUCCCGAGCCUGCAACUAAACAAUCUUGCAGAUAUUUACCAUGUUUUUGAUGCAAUAAAGGCAAAACCAGUGGAAAUAAAUGACGAUAAAAUUGUAAAUUAUACAGAUUAUGAUCAUGUUCUUCCAUCAUCAGCGUCUACUUUCGUGUUUAAUCCGGAUGGGAUUCUUUUUAUCGGCCUUAAUGAGCUUACUGUCAUUGGUUGUUGGAAUUCAAAAAUGAAAUUGGCUGUUGAUAAUUUUGUAAGCUAUCUGUAAAAAAACCUUAGAAAAUAAUUAUAAGUUAACUAACAAAUAAGGAGUGGGACGAU